ACCGACGCUCAAGCAGAGAGGAUGGCAAAAGCCAAGGACCUUCCUGAUCCGGUGGUGGACUUGAGGUGGAUGAGCCGGGCGCUGGCACCAGUGGGCAUGUGGGGUCCCUCGGGUGGCAGCCGGCUGUACUAUGCCUAUUCGCUGUGGACCAUCGUGCAGCUGGUGCUGACGGCCGCCGGCCAGGUGGCGGGGCUGCAGGGCCACUGGGACGACCUGCAGACCGUCUUCACCACGCUCUGCUUCGCCUUCACCGUCACCUGCACCAUCAUCAAGGGUACCAUCUUCGUGCUGCAGAGGGAGAGCAUGGACGCGCUGAAGCGUCACAUCGAGCGCAACGCGGCCGAGUUCUGCUCGCACCUGCCGGAGGAGCGCCGCUCGCUGCUGGUGCGCGCGCGCAACCUGUCGCGCCUCAUCGUCUGCUCCUUCCAGAGCGUGGGCGGCGUCACGCUCGUCUCCUUCAUCACGGGGCCGAUCGUGCAGAACGGCCGCGACCGGGAGCUGCUGGCCAGCGGGCUGAACAACGUGACGCUGGACCGCCGCCUGGGCCACAACUACCCGAUGCUGAUGUGGUGGUUCGGCGGGCUGCCGGUGAGCUCGCCCGGCUACGAGGCGGCCUACAUCAUCAUGUGCUACUGGCUGGUGCUCAUGUACAUCUGCACCAACGUGCCCGACGCCUACUACGUGGGGCUCAUCAACUACAUCACCGCGCAGCUCAGGCUGCUCCACAUCGCUCUGCCCAAGAUGGCGACCCUGGAGCCAGACGCUGUGCUGCCAGAGAAACUCGCCCACUCUUACGGACUCACCAUCAAGGCUGAUGUACCGGCCGACGCUGGGGCCCAGGAUGUCAUCCAGGAUAGAGUGUACGCCAGGCUAGUGGAGUGCAUUCGAUUUCACCAGGAGAUUAUGAAGUGUGUAGACGAGAUGGAAUCAGUGCUGAGCCUUACAGUUCUCAUUCAGUUCUUCACCAGCACGCUCGUCAUUUGUUUGACAGCCAUCACUGUAAUUUCGACAGAAACGGCGUACCUCCCUACUUAUGCAGCAUAUCUUGCUACAAUGUUCUACCAGCUGUUCAUCUACUGUUGGUAUGGAGGCGAAGUUUAUUUGGAGAGCGAGAGCCUCCAGUUUUCGGCAUACAGUUGCAACUGGCCAGAAACAGACGCUAGAUUCAGGAAGACGCUCAGAAUCUGUCUGGCACGCAUGCAGAGACCCAUCAGCUUCACGGCCUACAAAUUUUACAAGCUGUCUCGAGAAACUUUCCUGCUGUUGUUGAACGGCUCCUACUCCUACUUCACAUUACUACUUCAGAUGAACCAGAAAAAUGACUAGCAGGUAAAAAUGAAAUAGCAGGGCAAUGCUAAAAUGUUUUGGAUUGUAGAUCACCGUGAUGUAGCCCACACUCUCUUACAUUAUUUACCAAGGUUAAU